GUAAACAGGAAGGAGAGUGAAAAAUUAAACACGGUUGAUGAACGUUGCAUAGACUGACAAGAGUCGGUUUAUAAUCGUGAUGUGAUUAUCUGUUGUUUCAUGCGAACGAAGAAACUCGAUUAAUCGUCUACAUUUAAAGCAUAGAACGCAGUCGGUGGCUAAAAAGCCUUUGUUAAAUAAAGAAAAAAAACGGGUAAUUCUAAUUGCUUGGCUGCUUAAAUACACUACGGUGAAAGAUAAACAGCACUUCUAGAUUUAAUUAUAUAUAUUUAAAAAACGCUUUCAGCAUUGCCAGUUCUGUCUCGUGCAGAAAACCUGCAUCCGACUAAAUACAGCGCCAGACUGGUGGCCUGCUAAUCCACUUUUGAAUCCGAUAGUUUCAUCAGCCGUUAUCAAGUAUAGACUACUUAAAAAUGGUUCAGAAGGACAAAAUAAUCGAGUCGACCGAGGCAAACUCAGAAUCAACCGAAGCGUGUUCGGAUACCCAAGGUCCAGUUGACGAGCCCAGUGUCGGCGUGGAGAGAACAGGCCGCAGGAAAUUCAUUACUGGUGUUGUCGAGGGCUUCUAUGGACGGCCAUGGACUAUGGAACAAAGGAAAGAGCUUUUCAGGAGGCAGCAGAAAUGGGGAUUGAACACGUAUCUGUAUGCCCCAAAAGAUGACUACAAACACAGAAUGUUUUGGAGAGAGAUGUAUUCUGUUGAGGAAGCAGAGCAACUCACAAUGUUGAUAAGUGCUGCUACAGAUCAUGGCAUUGAGUUCAUUUAUGCCAUUUCCCCUGGCCUGGACAUUACAUUCUCGAACCAGAAGGAAGUGUCUACACUGAAAAGGAAGCUAGACCAGGUCACUAAUUUUGGGUGCAAGUCAUUUGCCUUAUUGUUUGAUGACAUAGAUCACAACAUGUGUCCAGCUGACAAGGAAGUGUUCAGCUCCUUUGCACAUGCCCAAGUGUCCAUUACUAAUGAGAUUUUCCAGUAUUUGGGAGAACCUGAUAUAUUCUUAUUUUGCCCCACAGAGUAUUGUGGAACAUUUUGCUAUCCGAAUGUGUCACAAUCGCCUUACUUGCAUACGAUUGGUGAAAAGCUGCUUCCUGAUGUUGAGGUGCUUUGGACAGGUCCAAAGGUAGUUUCUAAAGACAUAACUGUUGAAUCUAUUGAAGAAGUCACAAAAAUACUGAGGAGAGCUCCUGUCAUCUGGGACAAUAUUCAUGCCAAUGACUAUGAUCAGAAGAGACUUUUCUUAGGGCCUUAUAAGGGCAGGUCCACCGAACUCAUUCCCCGCCUAAAUGGAGUCCUCACCAACCCCAAUUGUGAAUUUGAGUCCAAUUUUGUUGCCAUUCACACGUUGGCCACGUGGUACAAGUCUAACAUGAAUGGAGUGAGAAAAGAUGUUGUCAUGACGGACACUGAAGACAGCGCUGUGUCCAUUCAGAUAAAGCUGGAGAACGAGGGCAGUGAUGAGGAGCUAGAAACAGACAUCCUCUACAGCCCACAGAUCGCACUCAAGCUGGCUCUUAGUGAAUGGUUGAGCGAGUUUGUAGUGCCUCAUCAGUACAACAGUAGGCAGGUACCUCACAGUGGAAGUAAAAGCACUUCUAUGGAUGUUCCCUCACUCGGUGUGCCCAAUCUGGAAUCCACCACUACGGUGACUACUGUCUUCCAACAGCCCAUCAUGAGUCCAGCCGUGCCCGUUAGUGAUGGGCCACACAUGCUCAGCAAAGAAGUGGAGGUGGAGAAGAAAGAGUCAGACGAAGAACCCAUGGAGAUGGUUGUAGAGAAGCAUGAUGAGGUGGAAGACACUAAAAUUAUCAACCAGAUCCUCACAGAGAUUGUCAAAGCCAAGAUGACUGAAGAUCUCAAACCAAUGGACACAGACAAAGACAGCCUGACGGAGUCCAAGUCUCCAGAGAUGUCCAUUCAAGAGGAUUCAGGCAGUGACAUUGCACCAAUGCAGACUGAUGAUCAGCUCAAUAAGGAAGUGUUUGUUCCAGGCCUCAAUGAGAAACCACUGUUUGCUGCUGAAGCACUUACUCUGGAGGAUCUGACCCUGCUGGCUGAACUCUUCUACCUACCAUAUGAGCAUGGACUAAAAGCAGUUCAGAUGCUGAAAGAGUUUAACUGGCUGAGAGCCAAUAGCAAUUAUGUCAGCGUUAACUCCAAAGGAAAGGAUCCAGAGAAGGUAAUUGAAUGGCAGUCCAGAGCAGAAAACUUUGAACAGAUGUGCUGCUCUGUCAUCCAGAUGUUCACCAGACUCUCUAACUCGGCCAACAGGACCAUUCUGUAUGACCUCUACCCAUAUAUCUGGGAUAUAAAGAGUAUCAUCUCAAUGGUGAAAUCAUUUGUUCAGUGGUUAGGGUGUCGUAGUCAGUCAUCAGCACAGUUCUUAAGUGGCGACCAAGAGCCCUGGGCCUUUAGGGGCGGUCUAGCAGGAGAGUUCCAGAGACUGUUGCCAAUUGAUGGGGCAAAUGAUCUUUUCUACCAGCCACCACCAUCAAUGCCAACUUCCAAAAUGUAUACCAUAAGGCCUUACUUUCCCAAAGAUGAGUCUGCCAUCUAUAAGAUCUGCACGGAAAUGUUCACUGAAAGCUGUGAUGGCAUUUCUUUCCCAGAUGAGUCGCCGGACCUUAUUGGAGACAGGUUUGUAGGAGGUUUCCUGAUGCUCAGCCCAGACUAUGGCUUUGUGCUUGAGGAUGAGGAAGGUAUUUGUGGCUAUGCUUUGGGCACUGUGGAUGUCAAACCUUUUGUGAAGAAAUGCAAGUUGAGUUGGAUACCAUUCAUGCAGGAGAAAUACAACAAGCCAAACAUGGAGAAGGACAUGUCAGAGGCAGAGAAAAUGAUGUUAAGCUUCCAUGAGGAGGAGGAGGGCUUGCCAGAAUCAUUCCUGACUAACUUCCCAUCCCUUAUUAAAGUGGAUAUUCAUGCAAAGGUUACUGACCCCAGUGUUGCUAAAAGCAUGAUGGGAUGUCUCCUCUCAUCACUCAAAGCUAAUGGCUCAAAUGGUGCUUUCUGUGAGGUCCGACAGAUGGACAAAAGGAUGUUGGACUUUUAUAGCAAACUUGGCUGCUUUGAAGUGGCCAAAAUGGAGGGAUUCCCAAAAGAUGUUAUAAUGAUGGGGAGGAGUUUGUAAGUCUAGAAAAAGAAACAUCCAGCUGGAGCCCCCUAGAAAGUGCACAAAGCUUUGGCCCAUAGUAAAGGCCCAAGGCACAACCUGUUUAUAUAACGAUCACAUGUUUGUAAUCGCAACUCUAGUGGCCUGUACUGGUAACUUAUUUCACCUAAUUAUGCCGGAUACACUUCUCGACUUUUUGGUGCUUUUCAUAGAUAUUAUUAUUUGCACGUCAGAGGUUGUGUGCUUGAGAGUUUGCUAGUGUGUUCAUAUAUGCACAUGUUUCUGCAAGCGUAAUUCAGUAUGCAUGAGUUACUUUGUAGGAAAUACUUUUUUCCUGAUGGACAGAUAGAUUGAGUUGGCCAAGUGCCAUUUGACCUUGGUUGCUGUCAGUUUGUUUUCUGCAUAUGUCUGUGGUUAAGUUGACACAUUAAAGCUGAUGUGUAGAUCCUCCAGAAUAAAACUUGCCAUGACUUGAUAAGAGAAAUCCUCACUCUACUGUUUUUUUUUAUAGUAUACUUCAUUGUUUUGCAGUGUUCAAAGCAAUAAUCUCAAAUGAGGUUGACUUCAUAAUAGCCAGUGUUAUUGCUUUCCUGGACGUUGUAAUACAUUUUGCCAUUUUCCAGGCACAAAUAAUGUCAGUGAGCUCAUAUGCAGAAAACAGUACCCUGAAGCUAUCUUUAAAGGUGUGGGAUAUUGCUCAUUGACUCUUUAAAAAGAAAGAAGAGAGGAAAAAUAGGCAAACUGAACUUUGAACAGGCAGAAGUAAAUGCAGUUACAUCAUAAUGUUAAUUGUCCUUUAGACUGCAUGGCAUGUAUUUUUGUUUUUUGUAAAAAAGAAAAAGAAAAAAAAACUUUUGGCUAUUGCCCCCCUUUUGUAAUAUAUUUUAGGUUAAUGAGUGGGACUUUCCUACGCUUCUGCCUUUGUUUAAAGCUGUGCAUAAUACAUUUUUGAGACAGCAUGGUUAUAUGACAAUUAUGAGAUGCAGGUAUGAUGUUUACAAAACAAAAGUACAAAAUGCAACCUAAAUGUGAAGGCCAAUGCCCAGCACAAUGUCUCUAACCAAAGUGUGAAUUAUAAAUACAAUUAAAUAAAGCUAUGUUAAUUGAUUAUCGCUAACAUACCUGAGGUCCUUUCUCUGUUCCUUGAACAGGAGGACAACCACCAUUGCCUGUUCGUAAUUACGGUCUGCCUUUUUGUUAUUAUAUAAAUUUAAAAAAGCGCCACAUUUAAAGUUGGGGUUCUCUGAAAUCCACACUCUAAUGCCAAUGUCAGGAUUAUUGCCCUGAAUGUGUGGUAUAAAGGAUUCUAUUUAGGAAUCCUUUUAGAAGUUUAUUUUUUUUUUUUCCUCCAAAAAUGACUGCGAACAUUUUAUUUUGUGUAAACAUAUCCCUAAUGUGCUUUAUUCUUGAUUACCAGAUGACCCCAAAUGGCUCUCACAGAGUCCCACACAAAAUGUUAAACUUCUGCCUGGGUUUAUGAAAAUGAAAACAGUUCUGUGCUUGUGAUGGGCCAACAGUUUGGGUCUUGAGAAAUGUUCAGUCGCUGUUUCACACCCAUACAAGAGGAACUUUUACUAUGAAAAUAAAACAUCUCCAUGGCUUUUAGAUUACUUUGCUUGGCUCAUUGUAAUUUGGUUGAUCAUAUAUUAUGUAAAGGACUUUUUUUUUUUUUUUUUUUUUAACGCUUGUAUACAAUGCAUAUAUUAAAAAAGAUGAAGAACUUUCCAUACUUGGAUGUAAUUAUGAUUAUGAAUAUGUAAUAUAGUUGCAAUUAAUGUAAGGCAUGUAUGUAAUUAAAA